CACAGACCGUUUCCCUUCACAGCGCAUUUUGCUCUCAUACUCUACAGUCUGAUGGUCAUGGCCGGGUGCUAAGAAACCUGUUGAUUUUCCCACUUGCUAGACUGAUCGGCCUAAAGGAAGAGCCACAGAGAGGAGAAGAAACUCACAAUGGCCAGUAAGUAUCACUGGCAGAGCCAGAAUGUCAAGCAGAGCGGUGUGGAUGACAUGGUGCUUCUCUCCAAGAUCACUGAAGAUGCCAUUGUGGAAAAUCUCAAAAAGAGAUUCAUGGAUGAUUACAUCUUUACAUACAUAGGACCUGUACUGAUCUCUGUGAAUCCAUUCAAACAGAUGCCAUAUUUCACUGACCGUGAAAUCGAGCUCUAUCAGGGAGCUGCCCAGUAUGAGAACCCACCACACAUUUAUGCUCUGACAGAUAACAUGUACAGAAACAUGAUGAUAGACAGUGAAAAUCAAUGUGUCAUUAUCAGUGGAGAAAGUGGGGCAGGAAAGACAGUUGCUGCUAAAUACAUUAUGGGCUACAUAUCCAAAGUAUCAGGGGGAGGAGCCAAAGUACAGCAUGUGAAAGACAUCAUCCUGCAGUCCAACCCUCUGCUGGAAGCAUUUGGCAAUGCAAAGACAGUCCGCAACAACAAUUCAAGUCGCUUUGGUAAAUACUUUGAGAUUCAGUUCAGCAGAGGAGGAGAACCAGAUGGAGGGAAGAUCUCCAACUUCCUCUUGGAAAAAUCAAGAGUUGUAAGCCAGAAUGAAAAUGAAAGGAACUUUCACAUCUUCUACCAGCUGAUUGAGGGAGGCACAUCUCAGCAAAAAGAACAGUUGGGAAUUAUGACCCCAGAUUACUACUAUUAUCUAAACCAGUCAGGCACCUACAAAGUGGAUGGAACCAACGACAGCAAGGACUUUCAGGAAACUAUGGAAGCCAUGCAGGUGAUUGGCAUACCACCAUUGUUUCAGGGUCAGGCCCUGCAGAUUGUAGCUGGCAUCUUACACCUGGGCAACAUCAGCUUCAUUGAAGCAGGAAACUACGGUCAGGUGGAGAGCACAGACUUGUUGGCAUUUCCUGCAUACCUGCUGGGCAUCGACCAGAGAGGUCUACAGGAAAAACUCACCAGCCGUAAAAUGGACUCUAAAUGGGGUGGCAAGUCUGAAUCUAUUGACGUGACUCUAAACAGGGAACAAGCGUGCUACACACGCGACGCUCUCGCCAAAGCUCUGUAUGCUCGUCUGUUUGACUAUCUGGUUGAGGCAAUUAACAAAGCCAUGCAGAAACCUGUCGAAGAGCUCAGCGUUGGAGUUCUGGAUAUUUAUGGAUUUGAGAUUUUCCAGAAAAAUGGUUUCGAGCAGUUCUGCAUUAACUUUGUGAAUGAGAAGUUGCAGCAGAUCUUUAUUGAGUUAACACUGAAAGCUGAACAGGAAGAGUAUGUACAAGAGGGCAUUAACUGGAAACCUAUAGAAUAUUUUAACAACAAAAUUGUGUGUGAUUUAAUAGAAAAUAAACUGAAUCCUCCAGGCAUCAUGAGUGUGCUGGAUGAUGUGUGUGCAACCAUGCAUGCCAAAGGAGAAGGUGCUGAUAUGAAUUUACUUCAGAAGCUACAGGCCGCCGUGGGGACGCACGAUCACUUCAACAACUGGAAUUCUGGCUUUGUCAUUCACCACUACGCUGGCAAGGUGUCAUAUGAUAUCAACGGUUUCUGUGAAAGAAACAGAGAUGUGCUUUUCACUGAUCUUAUUGAAUUAAUGCAAGGCAGCGAACAUGACUUCAUCCGAAGCCUCUUCCCAGAAAACCUCAACACGGAUAAGAAAAGCAGACCAACCACAGCUAGCUCAAAGAUCAAAAGGCAGGCCAAUGAGCUGGUUAGCACACUGAUGAAAUGCACACCCCAUUAUAUCCGCUGUAUUAAACCAAAUGAGACCAAGAGACCCAAAGACUGGGAGGAGAGCAGAGCGAGACAUCAGGUUGAGUAUCUCGGUUUACGAGAAAACAUUAGGGUGCGACGUGCUGGAUUUGCCUAUCGCAGAAUCUUUCAGAAGUUUUUACAAAGGUAUGCCAUCCUAACCGCAGAGACGUGGCCAUGUUGGCGGGGUGCAGAACAGCAAGGUGUUUUGCACCUAUUGCGCUGUGUAAACAUGGACACCGAUCAAUAUCAAAUGGGACGAAGCAAAGUCUUCAUCAAGAAUCCAGAGUCGCUAUUUUUGCUGGAGGAGAUGCGAGAGCGAAAGUUCGACACGUUUGCCAGAACCAUCCAGAAAGCAUGGAGAAAAUUCAUAGCUAAGAAGAAAUAUGAACAGAUGAGGGAAGAGGCCUCUGAUAUACUGUAUAACUUUAAAGAGCGCCGCCAAAAUAGUAUAAACAGAAACUUUGUUGGGGAUUACCUGGGCAUGGAGGAGAGGCCUGAACUUCGACAGUUCCUGGCCAAGAGGGAACGGGUCGACUUUGCAGACUCUGUUAACAAGUAUGACCGCAGAUUCAAGUCAAUAAAGAGGGAUCUAAUACUGACACCAAAGUCCAUCUACCUAAUUGGUCGGGAGAAGGUAAAGAAAGGACCGGAGAAGGGUCAGAUAAAGGAAAUACUGAAGAGAAAGCUGGACAUCGGCAGUGUACGAUCGGUCUCUUUGAGUACAAGACAAGAUGACUUCUUCAUCCUUCAUGACGCUGAGUAUGACAGUCUUCUGGAGUCCACGUUUAAGACGGAGUUCCUCAGCCUGCUGUGCAAGCGCUAUGAGGAACACACCAAAAACAAACUUUCACUGUCCUUCAGCGACAGGCUGGAGUUUCGUGUGAAGAAGGAGGGCUGGGGAGGAGGUGGCACUCGUGUGGUGGCCUUUCAGAGAGGGCAGGGCAAUGUAGCUGUGAUCAAACCUGGAGGAAAAACACUUUCUAUCACUGUAGGAGAUGGUCUUCCAAAGACAUCCAAGCCAACCAGGAAGGGCAUGCCACAGAGUCAUGGAGGAAGAAGCCACCAACAGCAUAGAGGUGGUCAUCAGAAUGGGGCUGCACAGUUUGCCCGUGGUGCUCCUCAGCAACAAAGGGAUGCAACGUACUCCCUCCCCAUGAGACCAAACCCUCCACCCAGCAACGCUCUUCCCAAAAUGGGAUCACAAAAUAGUCGAAAAAACACCAGACAGGCACAGAAUCAAUCCAAGAACCUUGACUUCCUCAAUGUACCCGAUCAGGGCAUGUCAGGGAUGCAGAGGAAAAAGAGUAUCAGUCAGCGCCCACCCCCGGCCCCCUCGAGCCGACCCAGACCUCAGCCCCGACCACAGGGCCCUCGUUGCAGAGCGCUCUAUCAAUAUGUGGGCCAGGAUGUGGAUGAAAUUUGCUUUGAUGUUAAUGACAUCAUAGAUCUAAUCAGUGAAGAUCCAUCUGGCUGGUGGCGAGGUCGGAUUCAUGGGAAGGAAGGUCUCUUUCCUGGGAACUACGUUGAGAAAAUCUGAUUUCUCUAUGCGAGCAAAGUAGAUGGGAAUGAUAACCCUGCACUGUAACUUUCAACCUCAAACCUCCACUAAAUCUCUGGGAUUUUGGGAACGCUCCAAUCUUGGCCAGUGACAAGAUCAACAAUUUCAAAUCCAGCUUCAAGGACAUUCUGAGUACUACUUUACUAAAUUGAAGUAUUUUGUACACUGAAGAGACACACUGUUUACAAAGACUCUGCACUGUCCACAAGUGACCACUGGGUUGUGCUGUUAUGCGGUUUUAAAGAACUGCCUUAUAAACAGUUAAACAUGAAUUAACAAGAUUUUUGCAAUAUGUUUGUGUCUAAAACCCAAGAAACUGUAUAUGUAAAAACAUUACAAAACAUUUUCUGUUUUGAAUAAUGUUUUAUCCUCUUUUUUGCAAUAUUGUUUUAAUGUUAAAUCAGACAAAACAAAUCACAGAUUGAUUUCUGGGAUACUAACAGUAUUAAAGUGAGCCUUGUUUAAAAUGAUAAUGCUGUACUAUUACCUGUAAAACGUGCAGUAGUAUGAACUUUGAAUAAGGAUCCCAAUUCUUGCAAAAAGUUAUUUUACCACAAAAUGUAGUGUUUAUAUUCUCAUAAAUAUGUAAAUUACAGUGCUGAUUAUAAAUUAUGUUUAAAAGCCCCUUAUUUGUGCUGCACAUAAAGUGUCCAGUUCACUCUGUUCAGGUUGUCUUACAAACAAAUGCAAAUGUUUGUUUUGCAAUUACAUGUAAAUGAAUAGUUUGCUCAAAAAUGAAAAUUCUGUCAUAAUUUACUUACCCGUAUGUUGUUCUAAAGAUUAUUUAUUUUGAACACAUAAGAAAAUAUUCUAAUAAAUAAUGGUAAGCACACAGUUGACAGUACCUAUUGAUUUCCAUAUUUUUUUUCCAACUAUGGAAGUCAAUGGGGGUUCUUUGUUCAGUCGAGAAGAAAUUGUUUUUUGAGGAAAACAUUCAAGGAUUUUUCUCAUUUUAAUGGACUUUAAUAGACCCCAACACUUUAUCGUUUUAAUGCAGUUUAAAAUUUUUGUUUCAAAGGACUCUUAACGAUCCCAAACGAGGCGUAAGGGUCAUAUCUAGUGAAACAAUUGACAUUUUUGACAAGAAAAAUAAAAAAUAUGCACUUUAAAACCACAA